GAAUUUCGACGCCAGACACAGCAUUAGACGCACCCACGUGUAUUAACAAUAACAAAAAGGGAAAAGAAAAUAAUAAAUGAAAAGAUAAAAGGUAAGUCGAUGAGAGAGAGAGAGAGCCAUAAAUAAAGGUGGUAGAGAGAGAUGAAAAGCGAGGAAGGUGAAGCGGAAAAGGUGGAAAAAUUGGGAGAAAAGUUAAGGCGAGGGGUAUUGGUAGGGAAAAGUAGGGGCCCCUGCACUCCAACUCACACUCACAACUACCAUAGCAGCAGCGUUCUUUCUGUUUCUGCUAGAAAGCUCGCCGCGGCUCUCUGGGAAUUCAACCACUCUUUCCCACUCUUUCAAAUGCAUCAUCAUCGUUCUGCUAACAACGCUUCCGCUGCUGCUGCCGGCGGAGCUGGCGCUGAUCCCAGACUUCGCCGCCACCACCAUUACAUCCUUCAUAAGGACAGGGCUCCGGACAUCUCCAACUUUUUGGCUGAUGCUUCUCCCAGUUCCCCCGAUCAGCCUGCUAGUGCAAGCAGUUUGAGGAGGCAUGUUGCAGCAUCUCUAAUGCAGCAUCAUCGGGCAAUUGAGAGAAAUAAUCAUGCACUACAACCUUUAUCUCCAGCAAGUUACGGUAGUUCCAUGGAGAUGACACCCUAUAAUCCUGGAGCCACUCCUACUAGUUCCUUGGAAUUUAAGGGAAGGAUUGGGGAUCCGCACUAUAGUCUCAAAACAUCUACGGAACUGCUAAAAGUGCUAAAUAGAAUAUGGAGCUUGGAAGAACAACAUGCUUCUAACAUUUCAUUGAUAAAAGCAUUAAAAUCAGAACUAGAUCAUGCACGCGUUCGGAUCAAAGAGUUGCUUCGAGACCGACAAGCAGAUCGCCAUGAGAUUGAUGACCUGAUGAAGCAAAUUGCAGAGGAUAAAUUGGUUCGGAAGAGUAAGGAGCAGGAUCGACUCCAUGCUGCCGUUCAAUCAGUUAGGGAUGAACUUGAGGAUGAGAGGAAAUUAAGAAAACGAUCAGAGAGCAUACACAGGAAACUAGCUCGGGAUCUUUCUGAGGUGAAGUCAUCUCUGACUAGCGCUGUAAAAGAAUUGAAUCAAGAGAGAACAAGAAGAAAACUAUUGGAGGACCUAUGUGAUGAAUUUGCCAGGGGAAUAAAUGAAUACGAACGGGAGGUGCAUACUGUCAAACACAAGUCUGAUAAGGAUUGGGUUCAAGGGGCUGAUCAGGAUCGUUUGAUCCUCCACAUAUCUGAAUCGUGGCUGGAUGAACGUAUGCAAAUGCAGCUGGAAGCAGGUCAGAAUGGUUUUACGGACAAGUCCAUAGUCGAUAAACUAAGUCUUGAAAUAGAGACUUUCCUUAAAGCUAAACAAAAUAGUAGGGGUUCAGAAAAUGUUGCAGUAAGGAAUCGCCGUAAUUCCUUGGAAUCUGUACCAUUGAAUGAUCGUGUCAGUGCACCACAAGAGGUUGGUGAUGACGAUGAUUCUGUGGGCAGUGAUUCAAAUUGUUUUGAGUUGAAUAAGCCAAGCAACAAGGGAUCUAAGGUAUAUGAAGAAGAGCCUGUCGACAAAAUUUUUAAGGAGACAUCGAAAACCAACCAAAGAAAGAAAAAACCAAUACCACGAGAAGGGUUAAAACAUCGUAGCCCAUCUAGCCUGCAAGUGAAGUUUGAAGAACAGAUGGCUUGGGCCAUGUCAUCUGAUUCAAAUAAGAAGUCCCAGUCAAUUGAUGCAGAUCAGGGGAAGAUCACAGAUACUAGGCCAGUUGAAGGAACUGUAUCUGAAAGGUCUGAACACUUUGAGAUUUACGAAAAUGAUGAUUCUGAAAGAAAAAAUAACCCCGCUGAAUUGAACAACUCCAGUAAAAAUCACAUUAUCGAUAAUCUCAUAAGAGGUCAGCUUUUGGCAUCCGAAGGUGGCAAUAUGCACGCUGAAAAUAAUUACGGUGAGGCUUCUUGCAGCAAUGCUGGAUGGAGAAAUCAGGCAAGCCCUGUGAAGCAGUGGAUGGCAAAACUUGCAUCCCAAGACCUUGACAUAUCCGAGGCUUCCAAAGUGCCUUCAGGGUCAAAGGAGAGUAAUACUUUGAAAGCAAAGCUUCUUGAAGCUAGGUCCAAGGGGCAGAGAUCGUGUUUAAAAGCCUUGAAAGGUUCCUUUUAGAGGUGGUUUAUAAACAUAACAUGUUGGAGAAUUCGGGCUAAAGGUACUAAGCGGUGGGGAAUUUGCAUCCUGUUGAUGGUGGUCAUUACACUUCCCUCUCGUCUCUUCCUUCGGGUGCAACUUUUGCUUUGUUCAUAAUUUUACUUUGUAUGUGUAACAUAUUUCUCCUUUGGGUUUUAUUAUUCUAUAUGUACUACUGUAGAUGUCGUCACGCAUGUAGCUAAAAGAAUCGGAUCGAGUUUUGAGAAGUGAAAAAACAAUAUACAAUUUUGGAUAGUAGUUUUUUUGGUUCAUCUCUUUAUUAUUAUGA